AUGUCUACACUCUUCAUUAAUACAAGUCAGUUACCAGUAGAUGUAUUAACGUUUAACGAUAAUAAAUUUUAUGACUUUGUCAAAAAUAUUUGUAGAGAGACCGAAGAUGAAUUAUUAGAAGUGCAACAAAUAGCAAAUGCUCGGGCUUUAUUAUUGACUGAUGAUGUAUUUGGUAUUAUGGAUCUCGAUUGUCCCGAUUUAAUUAAUUUAAAAAAGAAAAUAUCAUUUACAUUAACUGAUGGCUCAUUUCUUUUAAAAGCUGAUAUUAGGGCAAAUAUUAAAUAUUUAAAAGAACUAUUUUUGAUAAAAAAUGAAGAAAUAAUGACAGAGACAAAAUUAAAAUCAAAACAACAAACAACCAUAGCAACAGCUGCUAGUAAUUCCACUCCACCAUCAUCAUCAUCAUCGUUUUUAACAAUAGCAUUAGUUUCAACUAAUUCAGUUACUCCAUUACCGCCACCAGCAAUGACAAUACAUGAACAUAAAGAUUUUAUAUUAAAAUUAAUUAAACAGUGGUGUUUAGAUAAUAAAGAAAACGCUGGUUUAGAUGAUUUUGAAUUAAGGGAUGGAGAAGAUUUUACAUUAAGGUUACAUGAUAAUCAUAAUAUUUAG